CUAGACCGCCCGAAACUCCAAGGCCCAAGAGGAAGAAGGAAAAGAAUCGGAAAAAAUCCCUCAAAAUGCUGAUCAAAGUGAAGACCCUGACUGGAAAGGAGAUUGAGAUUGACAUUGAGCCGACAGACAAGGUAGAGCGAAUCAAGGAGAGAGUGGAAGAGAAGGAGGGCAUCCCCCCACCCCAGCAGCGACUCAUUUUCUCUGGAAAGCAGAUGAAUGACGAGAAGACGGCAGCAGACUACAAAGUCCAGGGUGGCUCUGUGCUCCAUUUAGUGUUGGCUCUGCGAGGUGGAUGCCCCCAGUGCUAGGAUGACUGUGAUUUUAGGAGAACCCCUUCUCACCCUCUCGUUUGCCAGAGUAAGGAGAAGUAUGUUAGCUCUGCCAGGGACAAGAUCUCGGUCAGAACUGAAUGUGAUCGACAGAGAGUUGUGGUAGCUGAAGCCAGUUUGAUUAGCAAGUGGGAAAGCCUGACUAGGUCUCUCUCUUUCUUUCUUUCUUUCUUUCUUUCUUUCUUUCUUUCUCUCUCCCUCUCUUUCUCAGUCUCCUUUUUUUCAAACUGCAGCUUAAGAAAAUGUAGGAUCCUAAUACCACUUUCGACAAUGUCACUUGGGCAUUACAGCUUGCUAAAGAAAAUUGGUGUUUCAAAGUGGAAAUUAUUUUAUAUAAAUACUUGCUAUACACCAACAAGUAAACUCACCAGUGUUAGUACUGAAUAUUAAACCAAUUGAACCUUAAAUUUAAAUAUUUUACUGUUUUUAUUAUAUAUAAUUGUCAGAACCAAUGGACAACUCAUUUAAUUCAACUUCAUAUUCUAUGCAUAUUAAUGAACUUAUUGUCAAUGGAUAGAUUUUAUAGUUAUACAUACAUGCUUUGUAAUCAUUAGAUUUUGUAAGAUCCAAGUCUCAUGCUUCACAGUUCAGUUUAGACCUUGGUAGGUAUAAUAUAUUUUCAGCCAUGUGAAACAUACUCCAUCAUCAGUGGUUGAAAUAAGCAUUAGUCACUUUGCUUCUUUUCCCAUUUCCUUUUCCCGUCCCUUUUGCAGUGUGCUUAUCUGGAGUUACUGUUGUUCGCAGUUGACAAAGAGAACAGUUGCAACCACUUUACUUGAAGAUCGAAAAAAGUAAAUGGAUUUCAGUAAUUUUAUUUAUUCUGUCAGUUACAUUUCAUUUAAUCCCAUCUGAAGAGUUGUACUCAGUGAGUUUUCAAUUGAUGUUCAGUGUGUAUGUCUUCUAAUAUGUUAAGAUAGUCAGGAAUACAAUUUUUUUCUAAA